GUGGGGCUGGGGGGGGUCCUGUUCCCUGCCCAGUACAGAAUUUGGAACUGUUGUGAGCAGCAGGUUUAUUGGGGUCUGGGGCUCCACGGGUGGUGCCCCCCCCCCCUUCCUGGGGUUUAUUGGGUCUGGAGGCUCCGGGAAGGGUUUAGGGAGGUGCAGUGGGGGUGACCCCCAUUCUGACACGGGGCUUAAAGGGGUCUUUUGGGGAUGGUUUAUUGAGGUCCGGGGCUCCCGGUGGGUUUGGGGGGGUCCACUGGGAUGACUCUAUCUUACCCGGGUUUAUUGGGGUCCUGGGGAGGGUCUCGGUGUGGUGCACCCCACUUUGCCCCCGGGGUUUAUUGGGGUCUAGGCGUUCCAGGGGGCUUGGGGGUGCCCCGCUCUGACCGCCCUGUCCCGGAGCAGGGGUCGGAGGUGACGCUCACGGACCGUCCGGCGGCGCUGCCGCAGCUGCGGGAGAACGGGCAGAACUUCCCGGGGGGGUCCCCCGAGGGGUCGCGGGGGGGGGCCCGCGGUGUGCGGGCGCUGCGCUGGGGGCGGGACCAGCGCCGCUUCCCCCCCAAAUUCCACCUGGUGCUGGGCUCCGACAUCGUGUACGACCCCCGUGCCUUCCCCCCCCUCCUGGGCACCCUCCGGACCCUCGUGGCCCCCCCGGGCCGGGCCCUGCUCAGCGCCCGCCGGCGGGGGGGGGACGCGGGGACCCCCCGUUUCUUCGGGCAGAUGUUGCCCCCGUUUUUUCGGGUGCAGCUGCUGCGGAGAGACCCCGAGGGGGACAUCGAGAUCUACGGGCUGACCCCCCGGGAGGGGGGCGGGGAGGGGGAGCAGCUCACGGGGGGCCGGGGGGGUCCCGAGGGGGAUUAAAUGGCCUCGAGGGGCCUCAGA